AACACACCGCAGCCGGAUUCCAGCCUCCUGCUCCAGGGCCAGGGCCCUCUGCCUGGGAUCAUGAAGGAUCUACUGACCACAAGAAACCAGGAUUGCUGGAAGGAGUUGAUUGAGAAGGAGUUAUUUAGUAGAGUUGGCUGGAACACAAAAUAUGGGCACAAGUUUCCCAGGCUCCAGCCCUGCAGUGGUCCCAAGAGGAAAUGUUUUCUGCCAACUAUCUUCUCCCCCAGGGAGCAGGAGGAAGGGAAUCAGGGGGAGGGAACUGGUUUCAAGAAAAAUGGGAUAAGACAUCAAGAGAGGCAGCCAAAGGAUGUCAGCCUUCCCAGGAAGCAGGAAGAGGGGGUACAGGAGCCCCUUCUUCCUGAGAUGAGACCUGCAUCCCCAGGAACAAUGCGUCUGCUGUACCAGGGCAUAUCCUGGGAGGGCAAAGGGAGGCACCUGUAUCUGCAGGAGAGAAAGCAGAAGAGCCCAGAGGAUAAAUUCUCUUAUCCAGUGCUGUCAUCCUGGGAGUAUGGCUGGCGCUUAGGAGGCUUUGUUACAGAAGGCAAGGCUCCAAUGCAUGCCAAGUCUAGAAUUGUAAGGGAUACUUUCUACAUCAAGAAUGGAAUCUUCCACCAUCCAUCAAAAAGUGACAAGUUAUCGUGAGCUUUAAUGUUUGCUGUGUAUAUUAGUAAUGCAGAACUGUGGGCUUGUUGCCUAGCAGGGCUGUUUGUUUUUAAGUCAAGUUAUGCAAACUCUGUAACGAUUUCCUCCUUUAAUUGUCCAUUCUAUGGGAAAGAAGUUUUAAGGUUCCUUACUCGGACCCUCCUCUACUUACUACAUAAUUUAACUUUCAAACUUAUUUUAAAUGCACUUUUUGGAUUUACUUGCAUGUGCCAGAUAAAUUGUGUGUCUUGGUUUGAUAAGAAACCAUAGGUUUUCCUCUGCUUCUUUGUUUUUAUUUGUCCUGUUUAAAGACUCUACAAAUGAAUGAGUCUAGAGGUUACUUGUGUAGAGCUAAACAACAGGCACCGAGCCAAACAACACUCAUUCAGGAAAAGACGUAAUACAUUUGUAGGUAGUAAAAUGUCUAAAAAUGGUGCUUCUAAACUAAAUAUUCUGUGUCAUUUUAUAUAGUGUCUAAUAUACCAACAAAUAACCUCAGGCUUUCACUGCAAUUUAGUAGUCACUUGAAGUCUCCUUUAAUGUCUUUCCAGGGCUAUAAAUUACUAGAGAACCUAACUAUUAUGGGGUCUCCAAAGAUCAGUAGCUUCUAAAACAACAUCAUAUUUUACCCUUAGAUGACUCUGAUGUAAACAUGGGAGUCUGAAACCAUGAGUUUUCAUCUCUUUCCGAUACUUAAUUUCUUUCCAAUUUUGGGCUACUUACUUAACUUGUUAUGUCCAUGUUUGUGAAAGCACUUGAGGAAUGAAACACGGUUAACUCUUUUUAACACAGCAUCUGAUGAAGUAAACUUACAAAAGCUUA